UGCAGCUUCAGUAGAUUCCAAACGCACCAGAUCGGUUGGACAUGCAAGGAAGACUUCACCCCAAAUUUUUGCAAAGGGGUAGAGAGAUUGAGCUGAACGCCUCUGAAACAAAAGAGUGGAAAGGAUACAAUCAGAAGAAGAAGGAGGAGGAGGAGGGGGAAAAGGAAAGGAAGAAGAAGAAGGAGAAGAAGAAGGUGGAGAAGAAGAAGAGGAAGAUGAAGAAGAAAGAGGAGGAGGAGAAGUGGAAAAAAAAAAAGAGAGAGAGCAUUGAGAAUAGGAUGCUAGAGCAAUUUAGGACAACCUGUAUAAAUAAGGACUGUCCCAGGCAAUCCGAGACACAGGUAUGGACCAGGUAGUGAGUUUUUAUUUUCUUCUAACACAAUGUGAUCUGAUAGCUGCCCUAAGAAGAUGAGCUGGUUGGAAUGUGAAGAAUAGAUUCUGAAUAACCAAAAGACGAUGCAGGGACC